AUGGCCCCAUCCACUCGUUUGGCUCUCGUCGCUCUUUCCGCCCUCCUCUCUUUCAAGGCUCUCGCUCACCCCGAUCCUCAGACCCUCGGCAUCGUCGACUUCACUAGCGACGCAGACCUUGCAGGCGACGAGCUCUUCGACUACCUGCACGACGACAGCUACGCCGAAGACCUCCUCCCUGCCCCCGAGCCUGCCGACUACGAGGGCGACUCAUCCAUCUUUGAGCGCUCCGUGGACGGUUCCGAGGUCGCCGAGGGAUGGCACGCACACUCUCUCCAGCCGCACAAGCGUGCGCUUAGCAAGGUCUGGUCGGGCAAGUCGACCUGGGCUCAGGCAGGCGUCUCGGGCGUCGCCGCGAUGCAGGCGCGUUCGUUCAUCACGCUCGUCGACAACGAUCACAUCGUUAUCUACGACAAAGCGGAGACGAACCCGCUCUACAACAAGACAGGCGGGUCCGUUUGGGGCGCCGUCUACUCGAUCUCGACGCAGAAGGUCCGCCCCCUCGACCUCAAGACGAACAGUUUCUGCGCCGGCGGAGGCUGGAUCUCGAACGGCACUCUCGUCAGCGUCGGCGGCAACCCUCGCCAGCAGUACGUCUACUCGAAGAGCGGACUGGCUGCUGUCCGUCUCUUCACGCCGUGCACGAACGACAAGUGCGACGUGUACGAGAACCCGUCCCGGAUCCGCCUUACUUCCUCGCGCUGGUACCCGUCGACCGUCAGGCUGACAGACGGCUCCGAGGCGACCGACAACCCGACCUUCGAGUUCUUCCCGCCGAAGGGUGACGGUCUCCCAAUCUACUCCAACUUCCUUCACACGGCGCUCAACUCGAACCUCUUUCCCGUCUUAUGGCUCCUCCCGAACGGAUACGUCUUCAUGGCCGCGAACCAGCAGGCGAUGAUCUACGACGUGAAGAACAAUGUUGAGCGUCACCUCAAGAAGCUCCCGAACGGCGUCACCAUCACCUACCCGGGCUCCGCUGCGACGGCGCUCCUCCUGCUGACCAUCGCCAACAACUAUCGCCCGGAGGUCCUCUUCUGCGGCGGCUCGACCGCCAACCUCGACGUCAACCCGUCGCAGCUCUCGGCUAAGUACCCCGCGUCGAAGCAGUGCUCGCGCAUGGCGCUUGACGGCGCCGGCGUCAAGAAGGGCUGGAUCCUCGAGGAGAUGCCGUCGCCUCGCGUUAUGGGCGACGCGAUCCUGCUGCCCGAUGCGACUGUUCUCAUCGUCAACGGCGCAGCUGCUGGUGUCGCCGGAUACGGCAACGUUCGCGACGAGAUCGGCGCCAGCAACGCCCGCACGCCCGUCAAGCAGCCGAUCCUCUACGACCCGACCGGCGCCGUUGGCAAGCGCUUCUCGAACAAGUUCCCCAAGGCCAAGUACGAGCGCCUCUACCACUCGACCGCGACCCUCAUCCCCGACGGCCGCAUCUGGGUCGCGGGCUCGAACCCGAACGACAACGUCUCGAAGAAGGAGUACGCGACGCGCUACCAGGUCGAGAUGCUCUCGCCGCCGUACAUGUCGAUGAGCCGCCCGACCUUCUCGGGCCAGCCCGCCAAGAUGCUCUACGGCAAGCAGUACACCCUGACCGUCUCGCUUCCGAAGGGCACCAAGAAGGUUCAGGCCUUCGUCAUGGACCUCGGCUACUCGACGCACGGCGUCCACAUGUCCCAGCGCAUGGUUGAGCUCGCCGCGACCCUCAAGGGCAACAAGCUCACCGUCACGGCGCCCAAGACGACCGGUCUCUACCCGCCUGGACCCGGCUGGAUCCACAUCCUCGCCGACGGCGUCCCUUCCAAGUCGACCAAGGUCAUGGUCGGCCCCGGCAACUCGCCGCCCGUCUCGCAGAGCGCCAUCGCCAACAUGCUGAAGCACACGAAGGGCUCCGCGUCGUAG